ACGCCAAAAGAUUGGUUAAAAGAUUCCAUUAAUGACAAGACGAUUGUGGAAUUUAAUUCCAAUUUAUUCGAAAAUAUCGAACAGAUACUAUCAUCAAGUAAUGUCAAAAAGGCUUACCUAAAAGAAUCCAAUACAAAUAUCGUCCUUAAAUAUGUGGGUGAUAAUAGGUAUAAAAAAUGA